AUGACUGAAAAUGCUUACAGUCCAUUUCAGAUGGACGAAGACAUACCCGGCCUACCGAGUGAGGGUCCGAAAGGUGAUAUAGAAUACAAUGUACAUGCAGAAGAUGAGAUAACAAACCUUGCAACUGCAUCCGAUGCUAAAAGCACGCUAUUGCGAUCCAAGUUGGCUGAGUUGAAGUUGCAGAAGAUGAAAAAUAAUGCAGCCACAACGGAAGAAGAGGAAGAAGCGAAAAAGUAUGAUGAAGACGUGGACGACAAGUUGGAUAUCAAUAUGCAAAAGAGACUCCAACUGGAAUACGAAGAAAAGCACCGCAAAAAGACAAAUCAAACUGCAGGUGCUGUGGCUGAGGAGGAUACAUCAUUCGAAUUUGAUGUCGAUGAUGAACCGUUGACCCCACCCGAAAACUUUUCGUUGGUGAUUGGAUCAAUUUACAGAAGUUCUUUUCCUCAACCUGCAAACUUUUCAUUCUUGAAGCAACUCAAACUAAAGUCAGUGUUAUGUCUUAUACCAGAAGACUACCCCGAUCUUCAUCAAAAGUUUUUCGAAAGUAACAAUGUCAAGUUGUUCCAAUUGGGGAUGUCAGGAAACAAAGAGCCAUUUGUUAAAAUCUCACUGGAUUUGAUCACCCAGGCGAUCAAAAUUGUCCUUGACCCGGAGAACCAGCCCAUACUCAUACAUUGCAAUCGAGGUAAGCACCGAACUGGGUGCUUAAUUGGAGUUUUACGACGUUUGCAAAACUGGUCCAAGACUAUAAUCUUUGAUGAGUAUAGGAAAUUUGCAGCCCCCAAAGAACGACCCAUGGACCAACAGUUUAUUGAGUUGUAUGACGAUCGACAUAUAAAGGAGUACUGUAAUGAGCGAGGGUUGUUACCGUUGAAAUGGGGGUGA